GGUUGUGGGAUCGCGGGGCGAGGCCGGGGCAGCGGCCGCGGCGGCAGGAUGGGGAACUGCCACACGGUCGGGCCCAACGAGGCGCUCGUCGUGUCGGGUGGCUGCUGCGGCUCCGACCAGAAGCAGUACGUGUUCGGGGGCUGGGCCUGGGCCUGGUGGUGCGUGUCGGACACGCAGAGGAUUUCCCUAGAGAUAAUGACGUUACAGCCCAGGUGCGAGGACGUAGAGACGGCGGAGGGGGUAGCUUUAACUGUCACGGGUGUGGCGCAGGUGAAGAUCAUGACGGAGCGGGAGCUGUUGGCCGUGGCCUGUGAGCAGUUCCUGGGGAAGAACGUCCAGGACGUGAAGAACGUGGUGCUGCAGACGCUGGAGGGGCAUCUCCGCUCCAUCCUUGGCACCCUGACGGUUGAGCAGAUCUACCAGGACCGGGACCAGUUUGCCAAGCUGGUGCGGGAGGUGGCAGCCCCGGAUGUGGGCCGCAUGGGCAUUGAGAUCCUCAGCUUCACUAUCAAGGACGUCUAUGACAAGGUGGAGUACCUGAGCUCGCUAGGGAAGACGCAGACGGCGGUCGUGCAGCGGGACGCAGAUAUCGGUGUGGCCGAGGCCGAGCGCGACGCUGGCAUCCGGGAGGCCGAGUGCAAGAAGGAGAUGCUGGACGUCAAGUUCAUGUCGGACACCAAGGUGGCUGACUCCAAGCGCGCUUUCGAGCUGCAGAAAGCUGCCUUCAGCCAGGAGGUCAACAUCAAGACAGCGGAGUCGCAGCUGGCCUACGAGCUGCAGGGCGCCCGGGAGCAGCAGAAGAUCCGGCAGGAGGAGAUGGAGAUCGAGGUGGUGCAGCGCCGGAAGCAGAUCGACAUCGAGGAGAAGGAGAUUGUGCGCAUGGACAAGGAGCUCAUUGCUACCGUCCGGCGGCCGGCUGAAGCCGAGGCCUUCCGCAUGCAGCAGAUCGCCGAGGGCGAUAAGGUGAAGAAGAUGCUGAUCGCACAGGCGGAAGGGGAGAGGAUCCGGAAGAUCGGGGAGGCGGAGGCUGCCGUCAUCGAGGCCAUUGGCAAGGCCGACGCCGAGAAGAUGAAGCUGAAGGCUGAGGCCUUGCAGCAGUACGGGGACGCUGCCAAGAUGGCACUGGUGCUGGAUGCGCUGCCACAGAUCGCCGCCAAGGUGGCAGCUCCCCUGGCCAAGGUGGAGGAGAUCGUGAUCCUGAGCGGAGAUGGCAGCAAGGUGACGACGGAGCUGAACCGCCUGCUGGCUGAGAUCCCUGCCUCCGUGCACGCCCUCACCGGAGUCGACCUGGCCAAGAUCCCCCUGAUCCAGAAAGCCACCGGGGCCCAGGCGUGAGCCCGGCCGGGCCGGCGGGCGGUGACGGCGCCCGCGCCGCACUCUGAUAUCCACUGCCUCGGACACUCGGGAACCCUUUCCUACCAGAGACGGUCGGAGUCCCCGUUUCAGCUCUGGUGCCUUAUUUUGUAGGACCAGGAGGAUGCAUGUUCCCUUCCGCUGGGGGUGGGUUUUGUAAUGGGCCCUGUCUCUCGUCGUGUUCGUCCUGAGCGGAGCUACCCCGGCAGCUUGUGUGGUCGUGCCAUCUCGGUGCCUUGCAGUUCUCUGUCCUCUGGCAGCUGGGGGUUGAGGGGGGCAGCCUGGCCUGGGCUGUGCAGACUGCCUCCCAGGGCCGGCCCCGCAGCCUUCUUGGAGCUGCUGGACGAGAACGCUGAGGCCCCCCCGCCCCAUCCUCCCCCUGCCCUCCACGAACCGCUGUCUCUGUUACCCUGGUGUAUGAUGUGAACGUGUGACCCCCGCGCCCUGCACUGCUUUCGGCUCCCCUGGUGCUGCACGGGUCUCCCCAGGCAGAGCAGGGACCCACCCAACCGUAUCAGCCCGCAGCCCCUUGCCUGCCUGUGCCUGACAGGUCUCUGGGUCCUGCCUGGGUUCAGGGCGCCAGGGGCAGGAGCUAUGAGCUCCGGGGCAGCUGCUUCCCCGGCGGGGCUUUGCAGAUAUCAAGGGGGCAGGAGCGCCUGGGGGCUGGGGCUGUGCAGCGGGGCCCUGCCCAAGCAUCGCUGGCAGCCAGAGAGGGACCGACUCCUCCCCAGGAGCAGGGCGGCUCCAGGGCGGAGGGGCACUCUGCCCCCGGGAAGCCGACCGUGGCAGCUGGCCUCGCCCGCCUGCUGCUCUCGACGCUGGGCCCUGCCAGCAGGAGGCUGCCCGUGCGUUGUGGAGGGAAAGUAGCUAUAGUGUAGACAGGGCUCCAGGGCCUCCGGCUGGGGGCUGCGUUGGUAGAGAUGUGGUUCUAGCUGAGGGUGUGGAGUCGAGGGGCAUGGGCCUCCAAAUGGGGUGUCCCCUCCCUCCCUGGCCGCUUCGAAGGCAGUCCCAGCCUGUAGCAGAGGUGCUCCCUGCCCCCUCCCUCCUUAGCCCUGGGCUGGCCCCAGCUGUGGCAGCGCCCGUGGCAGUGUCUGUGCUGGCCGUGGGUGCCAGACCCCGGCUACCCAUGACCUAGCACGGAGACAGGUGCGUGGGCAAGACUGGAACUGGGGGUCCUGGGUGCUGUGAAACACGGCUGCGCGGCGGCCUUCCUUUCCCUGCGGCCGUCUGCUGCGCUGUCCCCGUGUCCUGUCCUGGCCUCUCUCCCCUGCCGGCCUGUCUGUCUUCUCCCCGUGGGCCCUGCCCACUCUGCCUGUGCCACCGCGGGCUGGUGCUGUGCCACGGGGUCACAUCUCGCUGUCUGCGCUGUUGUGCCAAGCCCGGAUGUAUGCGUCUGCCUUGGUCCUGUCUGUCCAGGCCAGGAGAUGCCACUAGGGGCGCGGGGCAGGAGGCUGCACCCUGUAACGCUGGGCCCAGAGCCUGUAGCUCUGCGAGUGGUGGGCUUCACUGCAGCCCCCCAUGCCUGUGCGUGGCCUGCCGCCCAGUGCCGCGUAACCCCGGCCCCUGGUGGACCUGCUGCUCCCCUCCCUCCGGGGUGCCGUGCUGUGUUGUGCCUGCAGCCCCAGCCCUGCCCUGCCCUGCCCUGCAGACUCUCCCUGCCUCGGCAGGGCAGCGGGGGGACCCAGAGCAGCUGCUGGCUCUGGGGCUCGGGCAGGGCUGGCUUCCCCUUCCCCAGGGGGGUAGGUGGGGAGGAGCUGGGGUUGCGGGGAGGGGCGGCUUUGCUGGCUUGUGCUGCUGCUGCGCGUACCGGAGCCCCCCCGCAUGUCCGUCGUGUCGUGCAUGACUGUGCCCGCACCCCUCCCCGUGCCACGGGCUCCGGGCCCCGUUCUGAGCUGUAUGAGAAUAAAGGGGCAUCGUGCCCUUGCUGCACCGGC